CAUUUUGUUCUUGGGUUUGUGAUUUUGUCUCCUGAAGAAGAAGAAGAAUUAAUUAUGCAGCUGUUAAAUGCAAUGGAAAUUGCUAGAAUGACUAUGAGGGCACCUAAUUCUUUAGGUGCAGAAAUUGCAUUUGGGACUGUUACAUGGUUUGUAUAUGCUGGGAUCUCAUGUUUCUUGGUACUAUUUGCUGGAAUUAUGUCUGGUUUAACAUUGGGUCUUAUGUCUUUGGGGCUUGUUGAACUUGAGAUCCUUCAACGUAGUGGAACCCCUCUUGAGAAAAAACAAGCAGCUACAAUAUUUCCUGUUGUUCAGAAGCAACACCAGCUUCUUGUGACCCUCCUUCUAUGCAACGCUGCUUCGAUGGAGGCACUACCUAUAUACCUGGACAAAAUUUUCAACCAAUAUGUGGCCAUUAUACUAUCAGUAACUUUUGUUUUGGCAUUUGGCGAGGUUAUUCCUCAAGCCAUAUGCACCAGAUAUGGACUUGCCGUAGGUGCAAGCCUUGUCUGGCUUGUUCGUGUUCUGAUGGUUCUAUGCUACCCAAUUGCUUACCCUAUAGGAAAGAUCCUGGACUGCGUGUUGGGACACAAUGAAGUACUAUUCAGACGUGCUCAGCUGAAAGCCCUUGUUUCUAUUCACGGCCAAGAGGCUGGCAAGGGAGGUGAACUUACACAUGAUGAGACAACAAUCAUUAGUGGAGCACUGGAUUUGACUGAGAAGACUGCUGAGGAGGCAAUGACGCCCAUUGAGUCAACAUUUUCAUUGGAUGUCAAUUCAAAGCUGGACUGGGAGGCAAUGGGAAAAGUUCUUGCUAGGGGUCAUAGCAGGGUUCCUGUGUACUCAGGCAAUCCAAAGAAUAUUAUUGGUCUACUUCUGGUAAAAAGUCUUCUUACAGUGCGGCCGGAAACAGAGACGCCAGUUAGUUCUGUUUCAAUUCGAAGAAUUCCACGAGUUCCUGCUGAUAUGCCAUUGUAUGACAUACUAAAUGAGUUCCAAAAGGGUAGCAGUCAUAUGGCUGCAGUAGUGAAGAUUAGAGGAAAAAGCAAAAAGCCUCCCUUGGUCAUUGAGGAAGAGAAUUCUCAGGAUGUUGCAGUCACUGGUGAAAGUUCUGUGUUAACUAUACCUCGCUUGAAAGCAAAGAAUGAUAAAUCAGAUAGUGUUGUUGUUGAUAUUGAAAAAGUUACAAUACCAGCAGCAGUAACCUCACCGACAUCUGGUGACUCACUGACAAAUGCAUUGACUCCGUCAUCAGAUGAUAUUGAGGAUGGUGAAGUAAUAGGUAUUAUCACAUUGGAAGAUGUAUUCGAAGAACUUUUACAGGAGGAAAUAGUAGACGAGACCGAUGAAUAUGUUGACGUACAUAGAAGGAUACGCGUGGCUGCUGCAGCAGCUGCUUCAGUUGUGGCACGAGCUCCAUCAAUUCGUAGAUUAACAGCCCAAAAGGCAGCUGGAGGCCAAAAUAAGGAAGGACAUAGCCCCAAGAAGUCCAGUGAGGACUCUUCUACCUCAAGAAGAAUACAAGGGAGUCUUAGAGAGCCUCUCCUUGAGAACAAGAGAUAAAUAGUAAGCUAAAGCUUCCCUAUCUCAGUAAUGUGUAAAACCAGAGUCUGCAAACGCCGAGGAAAGGAAAAAAAAUGCUUGUGCAAUUUGCACAUAUAAUUUUGUGAGGAUAUACUUAUUUAUGUGUGAAUACAUGCCCACUGUAUGAUGAUACAUCUCAGAUUCAUUAAUGUUAUGGGAAUAAUAUGAUUUCCAUGUUGCUUUGUAAAGACAAAUUUAUAGUAACUAUGAAUAAGCCUCCCAUUCUUGGCAAAGAAAUAAGAU